CUGGGGGUCUCAAGACUUCCAGUGAUAGCCCAGAGGGUCCCAAGAGCUCUGGAGAUGUCUCCAAGAGCCCCAAGACUUCCAACAAAGUCCUCGAGAGUCCCAAGAGCAUCAGUGACGUUCUAGAAGGUUCCAAGGGCAGCCAGGAGGGUCCUGAGAGCCCCAGCAAUGUCCUUGAUGGUCCCAGGGACAGCCAGGAGAGUCCCAAGAGCUUUAAGAACAUUCAGGAAGGUCUGGAGAGCUCCAGUGAUGUCCCCAAAGGUCACAAAAGCUCCAGAGACGAUUCCAAAGGUCACAAGAGCUCCAGAGAUGACCCCAAAGGUCACAAAAGCUCCAGAGAUGACCCCAAAGGUCACAAAAGCUCCAGAGAUGUCCCCAAAGGUCACAAGAGCUCCAGGAAGGUCCAAGGGAGACCUUCCAGGGGUGUUGGAGGAGGCCCCGAGGGCUCCAAGGACUCGGAGCCAGGUGGCCCCAGGAAGGUGGAGGAAGCCACCGACGCCCUGGAGAUGGAGCAGAGACCCCACAGCCUCUGCUGGGUGGCUGCAGAAGACCCCAGAAAAGGACAGGGUGGCCCCAGAGAGGGACACGACCCAAGAGAAGGACGAGGUGACCUCAAAAAAGGACGAGGUGACCCCAAAGAGGGAUUUGAUGACCCCAAAGAGGGACAGGAUGACCCAAGAGAAGGAGGAGAUGACCCUGAUGGCCUCAAGGGUCAGGGUGAUCUCAGAGAAGGACACAGCUUAGGAGAAGACCACAACAACCCCAAGGGUGACCACCAUGACUCCAGGCAUGGCCGCCAUGACCCCAAGGUUGACCACC